GCGAAUAAAGAAUGAAUGAGAACGUGCCGUACGGUGACGUCAGGAAAAAGAUGGCGAUGCCCACGAACAGCACGGGAGGGGGAGGAGGAACGCGCAUGCGCUGCUUGACUGGCGGGGUAGGGAAGGAAAGGUGCUUCCAAACGCUGAGGCGAAGAGUGUUGCAGGCAAUCCGUGGACCCCCUGAAUGAAGCUCAUGAAUCCGAGAACCCCUGCUCUGGAUUCAUUGUCUCCCAAUUGAUAUUUGGGCCAUAUUAUAUACGCACACAGUAAUAAAGAGAAGAAAAUACCAUGGAGGCCCCUCCCGUCACCAUGAUGCCUGUCACUGGAGGCACUAUUAACAUGAUGGAAUAUUUACUUCAAGGGAGUGUUUUGGAUCAAAGCCUGGAGAGCCUCCUUCAUCGACUCCGUGGCCUAUGUGAUAACAUGGAACCUGAGACCUUUCUGGAUCAUGAGAUGGUGUUCCUGCUCAAAGGGCAGCAGGCCAGCCCAUUUGUUCUCCGCACUCGGCGCUCAAUGGACAAAGCAGGCACUCCCUGGCACUUGCGGUACCUUGGGCAGCCAGAAAUGGGUGACAAAAACCGCCAUGCCUUGGUACGCAACUGUGUUGAUAUUGCCACAUCUGAAAACUUGAUGGACUUCCUGGUGGAGAUGGGCUUCCGCAUGGACCAUGAGUUUGUUGCCAAGGGGCACGUGUUCCGCAAGGGCAUUAUGAAGAUUGUGGUGUACAAGAUCUUCCGUAUCCUGAUUCCAGGAAACACUGAUAACAUUGAGCCCUUGUCCCUCUCUUAUCUUGUGGAGCUCAGCAUUGUAGCACCAGCAGGACAAGACGUGGUUUCUGAUGACAUGAGAAGUUUUGCUGAGCAGCUAAAGCCUUUAGUUCACCUAGAGAAAAUUGAUCCUAAAAGACUGAUGUGAGCAAGAUGGCCAGCAGCUAAAGCUUGAGUCUUUCCUGUUACAGAGACCAAGGAAUUGCAGAAAGCUGUAACUCAGGUGUGGAGAGCCUUUGGCCAUUCAGGUGUUGCUGAACUAUGAUUCCCAUCAUCCCUGGCCAUUGACCAUACUUGCUGGGGUUGAUGCAAGUUUUUGUUCAGCCACAUCAGGAGGGCCACAUGUCCCCCACUCUUGCUUUAACCAAUACCGAUAGAGUUAUCUUGCUCAGACCUUUGAAAGCAAAACAAAAUUCAGAAGGUUGGGUUGGUCUCUUACUAAGUAAUAAAGGAUCUUCUUCUUCUUC